GAGUCAUGCAAUUAACAAUUGAAUUGUUGCAUGAUAUAGGUUACCAUAAGAUAACUAACUGCAAUCGUAAACUUGAACUAAAAUACGAUAUCAGUUUACUUCACAAGUUGACCAAUCGCUUAUCUACUCCAGAUACGCCCCCCUUCCUUGCUACAUCCCCGAACGGUACGGGAAGUUACUUAGCUUAUUCCUCAAAAAUAUAGAAUAUCAAUCAAUUAAAUAGGAUGUUUAUUAUUACAGUAUAUUGUUUAUGGAUUUAAAAGCAGUACAUUUUCCGCAGCGCAUAAAUUCCAUGAAGAAACCAAAUAGAUAGAGGUAUACAGAAGCAAGAAUGGCACCACUAACACCAGCUUCCGGUCCACCGGUGUCACAGGGUGCCUCUGUCGGACCACGCUCGCCGCAGACGGUUACUGUCGUCGGAUUACCAGCAACUCGGAAUGCAUCUGCUGCCAGCUCAUCAUCUUCCCCAAAACUACCCACACUUGCCACGUCAACGAUUCGAAAUACACAUCUUCCAGGCUCAUCAAGCACACAGAAAUUACCAACUGUCGGGCUUUCAACGACGAGGAAUACAAGCAACAGCACACCGAAACCAGCUAUUGUCGGUAUAUCAACAUUGCCGAGCAAUCCCCCAAGUGUACAUGUUACGAAUGUUGUCGGUCCAUCCACAACGCGGAGAAUACCUAUCGUCAGUGGACAGUCUCCAGGUGGAAUUCAUCCAAAUUAUUCCACGCAUCUUCCUCCGAUCUCUCAGGGACAACAUGGAAAGACGACUGGCGGCGGUAAUAGUGCAAAUACAACAACGAUUAUUGCAGGAGUACUUGUUCCACUGAUUCUAAUCGGUGUCGGUGCACUUAUAUUCUACAUAUGGUAUCGACGGAAAUAUCCCGUGCGUAUGCUGGGGCGUGACUUCAACCGAUUCUCAAACCCUGCCUACAAUAAAAGAGCUUCUACACUUACUUUGGUGAGAAAUGAUGGACAAAACGCAUGGGAUACGCUUUCUCGAAGAAAUCCUGAUCUGUCAGUCGUAGACGAGAAAGAAGCAGAUGGAAUUGAUAACCAAGCAUUUGAAUCUGAACAAUACGAAAACAAUGGGGAUGUUACUGCUGAGAAACGAGCUGAAGUAGGCAUUGAAACUUCUCCAACAAAUGGGAGGGAACUAGAGGGCCAGGAAGAAAAUAUGUCAAACACAGGUAUAAGCCGUGAACGACCAAAGACGAAGAAAGCAGUUUUAGUAAAAACUAAUACCAUGGAAGAUCUAGAAAAUGGAUUUGAACUUGUCACUGAAUCGGACUUGGGUCAGAGAACGGAAAGUGAAGUUAGCUCAGGUAAUGACAGCACAGAAACGCACACAAUAAGUUUAACAUUCUCAGAAACAUUUGACGAAAGAAACAAAGAGGAUCAAAUGCAUUCAGAGAUGGACAACGAAAAUGUAAAGCAGCUUGAUAUAAAAGACCAUGAAACAGAUGAUUCUAACAAAGUCAAUGACAGCUCAUUUUCUAUUGCCGAAGGCGUAGUCGGCAAUAGUGAAUCAACAAAUGACGACCAAAUACUGUAUGAUAAAGAAUUUGAUGAAAAAGACAUAGGAUCUCAAUAUAACAAAUCAUUUGAAGUAAUUUUUGAUAAACAUCUUGACGACAUAUCGACAGAGCCAGAGAGGCAAACUGGAAGUGUAAACGAAACGGAGACCAAACAGAUGCCUACUGAUUUACUUUCGAAAGAAACAUUAGCUGAAGAAAAAUAUGACAACUGUGAUUCGAAUGUUACUGAAACUACAAGUCAAUCGCCUAUAAAUGAAAUUAAUGAACUAUCCAAGAGCGCUAAUAACGAUGUUGAACAACCAGACAAUGUUGAUCUCUUUCAAGGGAAUGAAACUGCGACGACAAUAAACAAACAGGUUGAAAGCGUGGACGCCUACAAUGCUGAUAGUCAAACUAAUGUUAUCAAAACGGAAGGUGAUAUUAAUCAGAGUGCCUCUGUGUCAUUUGAACAUGACGGUAGUUUUGAAAUAGUUUCUGAUUCUGGGGGAAUAAAAUUUGAAAACUUAAAUGUUACACAAGACGUUAAUGAAGACUAUGGUGAAAUGAAGCAGAACGAAGUGAACGCAUUAGAAAAAGAGAAAACCGAAAGUCUUGAAAAACAGAAAACAUUAGAAGGAAACAAUAACUUACAAGUCCUUUCAUCCGUAGGUUUUGAAAGUACGCAUUCUGAAGAGUCGGUCGAUGAAACUGAUUCACGAAAAAUACUUGCGCAAAGAAAAAUGCCUUCCCUAAACUUAUCUAAUGAAAACAUUGUUCUUGAUUCUGUUCCACAAACACCAACAGUUCUUGUGCAAGAGUCCUUUAUUCUGGAAAACGAAUCACCUCUUCCCGUUUACUUAGAUAGCACGCACAUGAGCCCGAAGCGUGGUAGACGUGCAUUUACGCUCAACGAUAUUGUCUUUAAACAGAAUUCAGAUGAUAGCGUUAGUUCCGAAUUUAGUUUGCCAAAAGGAAAGGAUGAGAUAUCUAAAUCAUCUCCUGUGAUCUCGGAAUUGAAAACUCCAAAGUUUAAGAGUUUCGAAAAGGAUCAUUUUGACUUUGAAAAUAAAAACGACAAGGGGAAAGGCGUUAAUGAAAAUUCUGUCAAAGAUUUCUCAGUCUUGACGUCUAGUAACACCGAAAUCGAAGCGUCUGAGAUAUACCCAGAUAAAAAUGUAGAAGAAAUACAUGUUCCACCUGUGCAAGAAGUUCACGAUACUGUUAAAAUGAAAGAUACGCUAGAGAGUAUGUCAGGUUUUGAUUCAGUUGACUCCCAUGAAAAUUCUGAUUCAGAAAAGAAGACAUAUAUACAAAAAGACGUACAUAUAUAUAAUGAUGAAAUGCUCUCAUCUCUAGACAGUGAUUCUUUUGAAUUCGAUCGUAGCAAAGCAAACAAUUUUAAUCUUGAUACAUCUGUAGAAAACAACAGUUUUAUUGACAUUUCAAUUGAUCCCUAUAACCUCAUUUCAGUUGAACUAAAUUCAGACGAGACUUUGGAACAAGAAACGAGCAAGUUAUUACACAGUGAUUUCGGCCUCGGCGAGAUAGAUACACCAGAUGUGAUUUCUGAAAACUCUACAUCAGAUAAAGCAUUUGAAAAUACACCCGAUCAAUCCAACAACAAAGCGUAUGACAAUAGAGAAAUAGCUUCUGAAGACAUUUUAGAUAAAGAUAAUCCAUUUUUCAGCGAUUUCCCUCCAUCAUCGACACCAACAGCUUCUGUCGUUGCAGAUGCAACAACAGAGUCAAACGAAGAUUGCAAAAGAAAGUUAGUACUUCCCGUGGCAUUUGAUUUUGAAAAAAUGGGUGACAGUGAUACCGAUUCUGCCAAGUCUGACACUUCUUCCGAAACUAGUGUUCUUCAAGUCAUUAGUGCUACCUCUUCACUAGAAACAUUUGAACAAAACGCAUCACUUAGCGCAAUUGAAAGUGAAGCUUUACAAACCACAGAUCAUAUCGAAAAAAUAUCUAAUACUACACAGCCUGCAGAGGACUCUUUCACGACCGAUGAUAUUUUUAGUUUGACUAGGUCAACAGACUCAUCGACAGCCUUAUCUUGGGAGAUCUUAAGCAGAGAAAAUAGUCAGGAUUCUAGAAGUAACGAUCAUUUUGAUAUUCCAGACAAAGGGGAAAACGCACAGGAACUUUUAGACUUUCCAGUAAUCAAGAACAAGGACAAUGAGUCGGAUUCACUAUCAGAAAAUGCAGGAAUGUUUGAGUUUAUUUCUGACAUGUCGAAACAAAGUACUUCAAACAAUACGAGUAUGGGAAGUUCUGGACAGGCUGAUAUAUCAUGGGAAGUUGUAAACGAAGAGGGAGACAAUUCAGAAUGUUGAUAAAUGAAUAUUUUUUUUGCACUUAACUAUUUCGCUUCAGAAAUUUUACUGAUAAUUUGAUAAACAGACAAAAUUGAAAAGAUACUCAUGUGUUGGUGAUUUUCAACAAUUUCUUGACUUUACUUGUUACACUUAUAAUUUUUAGAGGUCGUACAGCAGUCGCACUUCUACACGGAAUGUUAAAUUAUCUUAUAGGUAUGAAGAUAUUAAAUGUAUCCGCUACUAUUUUCUAUAUAAAAUUAACAACUUAUAACAUAUUUUUAGCAAGAGUUCUAGCCUUUCACUUCCUGCGAGACUACCCAUGUCUUGAAGGUCUGUCUUUAGGCAAUCAAAAUAUAUCCCAAAAAUAUGGGGUUGACCAUAAUGCAGUGAAACCAUGGUCACGUGACUGAGACACGUGAUGAAAACGUUAAUAUUGCGUAGGUAGACAUCAGGACUGUCACUUUUAUUUUACAAGGCAGCUUCCAAUCAACCUUUGAAGCAUAUAACAUAGCUUAAAAUCAUCUGCGGACAUUCCUUUUUACAAUCGAGCAUAAAUAAAGCUUAUAUCUGGCAUGAACAUGGCCUUUACUAGGCAGGAAAAUUGCACUAUAUAUUGAUAUGGACUACAUUCGAGUGAACCACGGAGGCAUAUCCGGCUAAUUGCUCCCUUCAUGCCGUAUAGACUAUCAAACCAAAGACCAUUCUAUACGAAAGAGGGUGACGUCACUUCUUUCCGUCUAGUGGGUACGGCAUACGUCUAAUAUGGUAAAACGAAAGGAUUUUUUUUUUAUCAAAUGGUCAUUCCAAAAUAUGAAUGUUUAUUAUUAUGUUGAAUUUUUGUUUUCUUUUUAUGAAAAAAUAAAAAUGUAGAAAAUGUUUUAAUAA